AUGACAUCUCAACAAAAAAUUCUAUCUUCUGAUCGUAUUCUUAACAUACCUAAAGUCGACAUUGAUAAUCUUGAAUGUUCUAUUUGUCGUGGAUUACUUUGGAAACCAGUUGCUUGUCAAUCAUGUGAAACACCUUUCUGUUCCUCAUGUAUUCAUCAAUGGUUAAUUGAUCAUCCAAAACAAUGUCCAAAUCGAUGUGAAACAUACAUUGAACGAAAAUGUCCUCCAUUUAUUGCUAAACUACUUGCUCAAUUAAAUAUGAAUUGUUUCUAUCGAUCUUAUGGUUGUAGUCAAGUUACUUCAUAUGAAGGGUUAGAUAAACAUGAGAUCGAAUGUAGUUUUCAACCUCGUCAGUGUUCUGGUUGUAAAUCACAAAUAUUGAAAAAAGAUUAUGAUAAUCAUAUGAACACAUGUCCAUUAAUUGAUUUAAUUUGUCAAACUUGCAAACUUAUAUUCAAAAGAGCUGAUUUUAACCAAAAACAUACAGAAAUUAUCUGUUUAAAAGAACAAAAUCGAUUACUUCAAAAUGAAUCGAAAGAAUAUAAACGUGAAAUACAUGAACUCAAUCUUCAAUUAGAUGAAAUGCGCAUAAUAGAUCCAAGCAUAUGGGAAAUCAAAAUUACAUUUGAUGAUUUACAAGAUGGAACUGAUAAUUGUUAUUGUAUUCCAGUUCAGUAUCGAGGAUUUACAUGGAUCAGUGAUAAAAAUUGGUCGGAGACCAAGAAACAUACAGUGACACUACUCUUUGGUAAACCACAAUUUAUUCUUCUUCAUUGGGAAAACAUCAACAAGAUCACUUUUGAAUCAUCUGGUGGUACUGCUCAUUUUGGUAGUGGUAGUGGACUAGGAUCUCAUGUUAUAUUAACUCAAAUGACAAUAGAUUCACUCGAAUAA